UGAACAUAACAAAAGAAAGCAAUAGUAGUAAAUGCUACUCCACCGCACUCGUCAAAACCAUAAAUGCAUCCCAACUACACCACGCAUCUACCCUUCUAUAAACCAAAUCCAUCCACACCACAACUCUUCACUCCCGCCGGCCUUAGCUUCUUCUUUCCUCGAUCACCCUUCUCAAUUCUGAUCUGCAAACAUGGCAGGCGAAAUCCCAGAGAACGAGACUUCUGGUGUGAAAAUGGUGGCGAAAACAUACGUGAAGCCCAGGAAGGCAGUGGGGAGAAAAGAGUGUCAGUUGGUCACCUUUGAUCUCCCGUACUUGAGCUUUUUCUACAACCAGAAGUUGCUGAUAUACAAGGCGGCGGGUGAUGAGUUUGAGGAGAUUGUGGGGAGGAUGAAAGAUGGGCUGGGCAUUGUGCUGGAGGAUUUUCAUCAGCUGGGUGGGAGGCUGGCGAAAGAUGAAGAAGGGGUGUUUAGCGUGGUGUACGAUGAUGACAUGGACGGCGUCCAGGUGGUGGAGGCCGCGGCGGAGGCCCUGGAGGUCGCUCAUCUAACCGACGAUGAAGGAACCACCAUGUUUAAGGAGCUUAUCCCCCACAAUCAAAUCUUCAACUUGGAGGGCCUUCACCGUCCACUUCUCGCCCUGCAGCUCACCAAACUGAGAGACGGAGUAGCAGUGGGAUUGGCAUUUAACCAUGCGGUGCUGGACGGCAUGUCCACGUGGCACUUCAUGAGCUCAUGGGCAGAGAUCUGCUGUGGGGCCACCUCUGUUUCCACCCCACCUUUCCUCGACCGCUCCAAGGCGCGAAACACUCGGAUCAAGCUCCUUAACCUAUCCAAACCAUCUGACGCACCAGAGCACGCCAACUCAGCCGCCAACGGGGACGCCACGUCAGCCCCCAUCCUCAGGGAGAAAGUCUUCAAGUUCUCCGAGUCAGCAAUCGACCAGAUCAAAACACGUGCCAACCAGUCAACAUCCGACGCCUCUAAACCAUUGUCAACAUUCCAGUCACUUUCCGGUCACGUGUGGAGCGCCGUGACACGUGCCCGGCAGCUGAAGCCGGCGGACUACACCGUCUUCACCGUCUUCAUCGACUGCCGGAAAAGGCUGGAACCCCCAAUGCCGGAGACCUACUUCGGGAAUCUGAUCCAGGCGAUCUUCACGGUGACCGGUGCCGGGCUCUUGCUGGGCAACCCGCCGGAGUUCGGGGCGGGCCUGAUCCAGAAAGCCAUCGAGGGGCACGACGCGAAGGCCAUCGAAGGGCGAAACGAGGAAUGGGAGAAAAGCCCGAAGAUCUUCGAGUACAAAGACGCCGGAAUGAACUGCGUGGCGGUGGGGAGCUCGCCGAGGUUUAAGGUGUACGAGGUGGAUUUCGGGUUCGGAAAACCGGAGAGCGUGAGGAGCGGGAAGAAUAACAGGUUUGACGGGAUGGUGUAUUUGUACCCCGGAAAGAGCGGAGGAAGAAGCAUUGAUGUGGAGAUUAGCUUGGAGGCCAGUGCCAUGGAGAUGCUGGAGAAGGAUAAAGAAUUCUUAAUGGAGGCUAAUUAAAUUAAUUACUCAAUUCUGGGUCUCUUAAUAA